CACUUCGCGUUCUUCUUCUCCGCCUCUUGUCAUCUCGGGUCCUAUCAAAAAUGUCGACAUUGCCGACGGAAAAGAAUUCCGAGAUCGACUCCUCCUCACCUCCAGCGCACAAAAAGGUCAAAAUAACUUCUUCAAACGGCCAUGAAGUGGUGUAUAGGCAGACCUCGACGCGUCGCGUCGUCAACCUUAAACGACGAGCCAAACUAUCGAUGCUUCCUACUCUGCCUCUGGACAUUUUAUUUGAGAUAUUCGGUCAUCUUAAUCCAUUGGAUUUGCUAUAUCUGACCCGGACGACGAAGGAGUUCCGGCGCGUCCUUACCCACAGAUCAUCAACGACUGUCUGGAAGUCUUCGUUGGCCAAUGUUCCCGGAUUGCCACCAUGUCCAGAGGAUAUGUCCCACCCUGCUUGGUCUAGCCUAGUCUUUGACCACUUUUGCCAUGAAUGUUUUGCGUCGAAUAUUCGCAACACUGCUGGGGUGUGCCGGUCUUUUGACCCGAAAACCAGCAUGCAAAAACCGGUACUGUUUUGGACGUGUCUUUGGCCCAGAAGAUUUGGUGCCGAAAGACCAUGACAAAUAUAACACACUUUGUACUUAAUUUUUUGUAUCUGUAUUAUAACCAAAAAAGAGCAAAUGGAAAACAUGUGGUCUUUGGACAGAUCUUCGAUCCAGUGGUCUUUGGAAACCAAAGACCUCCGAUCUGAUUACUGGUCUUUGGUUUGGUCUUUGGAACCGGUCUUUUGGGCAAAAAGACCAG